AUGUUCCGCUCGCCGGAAGAGUGCGGGCGCCGCCGUGACGAGAGGGGCCGUUGGCAGGGCGUCGAGCGAUUCGACGCCGACCGAGGAGGGGAAGCCGCCGAAAAGGAAGAAGCGUGGGAGACGUCCGGCGAGGAAGAGGCGGAGGAGGACGUAGCGAACCUGGAACGGGCGGUCGAAGACGCCGACGGAGGAGAUGACGGCGAGGAACCCGCGGCUGGGAUUGGAGACACCGAGCCUGGAGAGGCGGACAUUGCCGGGGGCGCAAGCCAGGCAGGGGCGGAAGGAUCGCGGUCGGGACGGCCGGAAUCGCGCGGGUGCGACGCAAGCCGCCAGGAGGAGCACUACGCGGGGAGGUCGCGUCAGCAGGAGCGGCGGGACUGGGGCGUGCGUGCCGGCACUGUGGGGACGCAAGGAGAACGCGGCCAAGGGGAGGAAGAGGGACCGCGCGCGCAGUCGAUGCACAAGGGAGGAUGGGAGGGCGAGCCACGCGCACCCAGCCACCACUGGCGGCGGGAAGAAGGACGCGAGGAGCCUAGUUCGUCAGAGAGGCGCGGUCAGCGGCAAGAGGGGCGCGGCGGGGAGACACGGACGUCCGGCCCGCAAGCGCAAUGGGAGAGGAGGGUGGCGGCGGAUUCCGCUCGCCGCUCGUCCGGCAGCAGCGGGGAGGAGAAGGCGGCGGAGACAGGCGCUCGCCUGGAGAUCGUCGGCAGCAAGGGAGGGGAGAAGCAUGGGAACCGUCGCCAGAGAGGCAGCGGCAGCGAGAGACGAGCACAGCGGGGUGGAGAGAGGCACGAGUCUCGCCGGCACGAACGCGAGGGCGUGCGGGAGAGGAGAGGGGCCCGAGAGAAAGGCACGGUGACUCGGGCUGGAAUCGGCGGGAGAGCAGAGCUGGAGGAGGGAGCUUAG